AUGAGCACAGCCAAACUACCUAUUAUGUCCGGCCUGCAUGCGCCCUUAUUGCGACGUUGUGGCCGAUGGACCCCGCAACGGCUGUUAACAACCUACUACCCCUCCACCCACCGCACAUUCCCAGCCGUCAAGGCCUCCUUUCACACAUCGCCAUCUCCUCGAUCAUCAGAAGCCGUGCCUCUUUCCGCUGUCAGUGGUGCAGUCCGUAGCACCAUGAGUACCCCUAAACAGGAUGCGUGGGUUGGCCAUCUCGGCCCCGCGGGUUUCGACCUGCGAAGCGAUACCAUGACAACCCCAACAGCCUCAAUGCUGGCUGCUAUUCAGUCUUGCAGUUUGCUGGAUGAUGUCUUUGUGGAAGAUCCCACGACGAUCGAGCUCGAGUCUCAUGUGGCCGAGCUUGCCGGCAAGGAGGCCGCUCUGCUGGUUCUCUCGGGAACCAUGGGCAACCAGCUGGCCCUUCGAAGCCUCCUCACGCAGCCUCCCUAUAGUGUCCUGUGCGAUCACCGCGCUCACAUUAUCAAGUAUGAGGCGGGCGGUGUUGCUUCCCUAAGCGGUGCCAUGGUCAAGGCCGUUGUGCCGCGUAACGGAGCCUACCUGACACUGGAGGACAUUGAAGCCAACGCUGAUAUCGAUGAUGAUGUCCACACUUGUCCUACCAGAGUCAUCAGCUUGGAAAACACUCUAAACGGUGUGAUCACACCCCUGGCAGAGGUUAAGAGGAUAGCCGAGUUUGCGCACAAGAACGACAUCAAGUUCCACUGCGACGGUGCCAGACUAUGGGAGGCUGUUGCGGCAGGGGGAGGCAGUUUGUCCGAAUACUGCUCGUUCUUUGACACCGUCAGCUUGUGUUUUUCCAAGGGCCUUGGUGCCCCAAUCGGAAGUAUCCUCGUGGGGAGCUCGGCACACAUUAAGCAUGCACGGUGGGUGCGCAAAUCCAUAGGAGGCGGUCUUCGCCAGUCUGGAGUCGUGGCGGCUCCUGCCAGGGUCGCCGUUGACGAAACAUUCGGGAAGGGACCCAAUGGUGAAGGCGGGCUUCUGAAGUUGUCUCACGGGACUGCAAAGACGAUUGAGAAACUCUGGGUUGGCCUGGGUGGCAAGCUCACUCAUCCUGUCGAGACCAACAUGUGCUGGCUUGAUCUGGAUGCGGCUGGUUGCAGCACUGAGGCUUUCGUCGCAUUUGGGAAGGAGGCAGGCCUGAAGCUGAUUGGAAACCGAUUGGUUGUUCACUACCAAAUUGCCCAGAACGAAGAUGAGGUUCUCCCGAGGCUAAAACAAGUAUUUCGACGAGCCUUGGAAGGCGGCGCCCCGGGGGCAAAACAGAACCAGGGGCCAACAAACAUCUACAAGCCCCGAUGA